UUUUGGUCACAACUUCUUUUGUAUUAAUAAUACGAAAUAUGCAAGUGUACUGAGAAUUUGAGAUGCGCAUAGCAUUUUAGGAAAGCUUCAAACCAGAAAAAAAAAAAGAAACAGCAACACUAAAUGGAUCGUUCUCAUGAAAGAAAAGCUUUCGAUGAGAUGAAAAUAGGCGUGAAAGGCCUUGCGGAUUCAGGAAUCACUGAGAUUCCUCCCAUGUUUCGUGCACCUCCUACUAUUUUAGCAAGCCUGAAAGCACCACGAGCGACACAGCAGGUGAACAUCCCCACCAUUGAUCUAAAGGGAGGAAGCGUACACUACAAGGAUCAAGACUUGACGACGCGGAGGAACGUUGUGGAGCAGAUCAGAGAAGCGGCUGAGAAAUGGGGUUUCUUCCGAGUGACCAACCACGGGAUCUCGCUCGAGUUGCAGGAGAGGAUGCUUGGAGGGAUUCGUGGGUUUCACGAGCAAGACUUGCAAGUUAGGAAACAGUUCUACUCUCGUGAUCACACUCGAAACUUUCUUUACUACACCAACGUUGAUCUAUUCACCUCUGCCUCUGCCAGCUGGAGAGACACCGUUAUUUGUUAUAUGGCUCCGGAUCCUCCCCGAUCUCAGGACUUGCCAGCUGUUUUCGGGGAGGUUAUGUUGGAGUACUCAAAGGAAGUGAUGAGUUUAGGUGAAUUGAUCUUUGAGCUUCUAUCAGAGGCUUUAGGAUUGAACCCUAACCACCUCAAGGAAAUGGAUUGCGCCAAGUCUCAGAUGAUGACUGGCCAAUACUACCCACCUUGCCCUCAGCCUGACCUUACUUUAGGCUUAAGCAAGCACAGUGAUUUUGCUUUUCUCACCGUUCUACUUCAGGACAAUAUUGGAGGACUUCAAGUUCUACAUGACCAAGCCUGGAUUGAUGUUCCUCCUGUCCCUGGAUCUUUUGUCAUUAACAUUGGAGAUCUUCUACAGUUCAUAACCAACGACAAGUUCAUAAGCGCGGAGCAUAGGGUGAUAGCAAAUGAAUCUUCUGAAGCGCGUGUUUCAGUGCCAUGUUUCUUCACCACGUUCAAGAAGGCGAAUCCUCGAGUAUAUGGACCCAUCAAAGAGCUCCUCUCAGAAGAUAACCCUCCCAAGUAUAGAGACUGUUCCAUCACCGAGUUCUCAGACAUCUUCAGUUCAAAAGAGAUCACCAUUACUAGGUUACUCCAUCUCAGGAUCUGAAACAUAUAUCCAUCAUUGCUAUAAUCUGUCCAACUCUUAGUUACGUUUGGUCUUCCUCUUAUAAUAUGUGCCGCGACACUACUUGUAAGAUAUUUGAAAUCUUUGAAUAAGGUAUACUAUGAAAACUAAUAUUUCAUCUUCA